UAGGAAUCGGUUCAUCUAACAAACAAACAUAUCAUGUCUGGUCGUGGUAAAGGAGGCAAAGUAAAGGGAAAGUCAAAGACUCGUUCAAGCAGAGCUGGACUUCAAUUUCCCGUCGGUCGUAUCCACCGAAUGCUCCGUAAAGGCUCGUACGCUGAACGUGUCGGUGCUGGCGCCCCUGUAUAUUUGGCUGCUGUCAUGGAGUACUUGGCCGCUGAGGUACUUGAGUUGGCUGGAAACGCAGCUCGUGACAACAAGAAGACGCGUAUCAUCCCUCGCCACUUGCAAUUGGCAAUCCGCAACGACGAAGAAUUGAACAAACUUCUCUCUGGUGUCACCAUCGCUCAGGGCGGUGUUCUACCCAACAUCCAGGCUGUUCUCUUGCCCAAGAAGACUGAUAAGCCCGCCAAGGCUUAAUUCCUUCUUCCCUUCUAUUGCAAACAAACGGCCCUUUUCAGGGCCACCAUUUCUAUAGAAAUGAUGAUUUCCUGCGAAUUUAUUUUACCAAAUUUAGGGGACUUCUAGUAGCGUGUGACGGUAUUCUGUUUUGCAAUUUCACAUUUUAAUUUUUUUUUGUAUUAUCUGUAGGUUCUAAUUAUAGUUCUGAAGACGUACGCAGAAAUUAUCAUCGCUUUUGACCUUAUCCCUUGAACUCAAAGCUUCGCCCAUCUGUUUAUUUUGUUUUAAACAAGCUGUCCAGUUUGUUGUCCUAAAUUCUUGAAAAGAGU